UGAUGUUACAGAUAUUUGUAACAUUACAGUGUAUCUAGAGUAUUCUUUUUAAAAAAAAGUGUAUUCUCGUUACAAUUAUUCGUUUGUCGCAGUGUAUCAUCGAAAGGUGUAAAGUAAUUUGCUCUCGUUGAACGAGAACUAACCUCUCUUUUGUUAAAAAUAUCGUUAUUUCUCAAACAAAGAAUGGAUUGAAAGUGUCGGAUGUGAUGCGGUGUUUAUUCCAAUGGCGGUAGAAGAACAGCUCGUCAUUCCUCGAAGCAGUGGUUUCAAAAACGGCAACUAUUUUCCCGGAAGAAGAUCAAAGGGAGAAGGCUAAAGGAUCUACCUGUGACCUGUUUCCAUCCAAGGGACAUUCAUUGGUCAACGUCGAUGUGUAUACCUGCGGCGAACGCGCAGUAGCGCAGGUAUAGGUAUAUCCUUUCUCGCAUGCCCCUUCCUUGCAACAGGACAAAGCGUCUUCGUUGGUUCCCGUUACGGCAGACUUCGGUUGUGGCUCGCAAAAGAAAGGCGGAACGGCGGAAAAAUCUGGUGGAAGCGUGCGCGGAAGGAUCUCGGUUAAAUUAAAAUCAUCUUUGGCGAUCAGUGUCUCGUGUGCUGUUCUCGUACGAAGUGGACGAUUCCAGGUAGUGGUGUACAAUCGUGUUCACCGCGCAUGGUCCGUCGAGAAGAACCACCCUGCUUUUCCUAAUUACUUUAAUUACAAAGACGAGCCUAUUCGACGUGCACAGUCUGUAUCCGGUGUUUCCGAAGAGGUGCAGUGUUUAAGGUAGAUAUUGUUCGCGUAUAAGAAUCGAAUGAAAAUGGCGGCCUAAAUCUGAUCGGUGAUUGAACUCGUCGAUCGUUUUCGUGGCGGUAGAUUGAACGGAUUCUUUAGCUUCUCGCGUAAACGUGGCUUCGUCCAUGGCAAGGAUACGUUCUGUUGAUUCUGUUGAAUGGUGGAAGCCGGCACGAUUACUCGCGGAUCGCGCUACGAUAUUUUGUUAAAAAAUAAAGAUUCCGAGUCGAAGCUGAUCAAAGAAAGAGGAGAAACCGAAAGGCUGGCAUGAUCCGCGAUACGCUUAGGAAUGCAUAUCAACGCGCGAAUGAACGUAACGGGUGGUUCGUUGAGAGGUCCGUUACCUUCGGUGUUUCGUGAGACGUCAACGUGCUCGUGUUGCCGCUUGAAAUCAAGAGAGUGUGCAGCGUCGACUUAACAAAGAUAUCGAUUAAUCGAACGCGUCGCGGCGAUUACGGUUGUCCUAAAGAUCGUCGAUCGUAAGAAGAGAAAUCGAGGCAGAGACAUCGAGCGAUGAACUAGAACGUAGAAGGCGAGUAGAAAUUCUGGUUUGCCGCGGACAAGCGGAGAAGAAGAAGGAAUCUUCGUAGACGUUCGAGGGAGGUGAAUCUCGAUAUGAGAAUCGGUGGAUCGGAAGAAUUCAAAGUGUCGAAUGAGAAGAGGUAGUAAGAGAUUUGUCCGCAUGGGAGUAGCGAGAAGCGGUAGAUCAUCUUUGUCGAUUCCUUCGGGCUGUCGAGGUCGUGGCAACGAGAACGAAGGAGGAAAAAGAGGACGGCCGUCUAUCCAGGCCGUGGAAAAAUCGAGCGUGCAGUGGUCGGUCGAACGAUGGCGACAACAACCGGUAGAUACGGUGCUAUGGAGAUGAGACAUUCAAAAAGCGAGGAUCUCCUCGGUGUGAUCGGUGGUUCGCGAUCUCCGAGUCCUAGCGUGGCUUUGCCGAGCACGGCCUCCGAGGACGACCUUAUCGCGGCCAGCGCCCUUCACGAGGCCACUGACACCACCGUGAAACCUGCCUGUCCCUUGUUAUCCUCGAGGGUCGCAGGAGCAGCCGGUAUCCCGGCAGAUCGCAUCGAUCCCGAGGAUUCUAUCCGUGAUAUCGUCACGGAGAACGAUCUGUACAGGUUCGUGUUGUUCAAACGCCACUACGACAAGUACGUCGCCCUGGCCGCCAAGUACGAGGAAGCUAAGGGUGUCGCAUAUUACUUGGAAGAACGUUAUCACGAGGUUAAGGCCGAGAGAGAUAAAUUGGAGGAGGCCCGGCGAAACUUGGAGAAACGAUUAGAAGGAUGCGAGGCAGAGCUCCGUGGCAAGGAAGACGAAUUGUUUCUUCAGCUAGAGCGAAGCCUUCGUUUGGAGGAAGAAGUGGAAAGAGCAAAGAACGAACGGGAUAGCUGCCUAGCUGCCCGUGAUCGUCUGGACAGGCAACGCGAGGUAGCUUUGCGACGUCUGCAAAUGCAACUAGCGCAAAACGAGAUUACAAGGCAAACGCUUGAACGAGCACGGCAGGAUGUCGUCAGACAGGCUACUGUUAUACGCGCCGAGCGAGAUGCUCUUGAGAGAGAGAAUGAAGUUUUAAAGGAGAAACUUCGCGUAGAACAAGGAGAAUUAGGGGAGGAAAGACGAAGACGAGAAGAAGGCGUAGCAGCACUGACUCGAGAAACGAUCACGUUGAGACACGCUGCAAGACACCUUCGUGCGGCUACUCUUCACGCAACAGCUUGCCGCCGUCGUCGACGAUGUUCCGUGUGUCUGUACGCAAGACGUACUUUUGCAGAGAUCGAUGAUUAUCGCGACGACGGCAAUCUUUUCAAGUGCCUUCAAGUGCCGCUACAGGACCUACGCACCUGGUUACGUCCAAACGCAACGUCGACAACACCAACAUCACGGGGACAAAGAACCAACUCACCGUUGGCCGAUCGAGAAAUAAGUUUUAUCGACGAUUCCAGCGUCGACAGUAGCGCUGGUGGAAGCAAUGUGAGCAACAGUAGCACUAGUAGCAAUAGUGCUUCAGACGAUGAGGCGUAUCCAAGUACCCCAGUGGCUGAAAUCUCGCUUUCGUCAGCCAAUUCAAGCGCUCCGCCAACAGCUAGAGCAUUUUCUUCCGAUUCAGGCUUUUCGUCGGAGAUUGGAGAUCGAAGAUCACGAUGCUAUGAAAAUGGGGGUAGUAGCACGAGUAGCAGCAGCGGUAAGAGCAGAAAGAUCAGCGAGUCGCUUAGCUGCAGCGAGCCGGACGAACAGAGUACAGGAGGAUUCACUCGGUCAAGAUGGACCUCCUCGUUUCGCAAGUUGUUAGGGCGAAAACCGAAAACCAAAUCAACGCCCGACCGUACCUCGCGAAGAAACGAAGACUGAGAAAUGAAUGAGCAUAAUAUCAAGGAAAGGCAUCGUGCACGAAACACGUAGUGCGAAAUCACCGUGAAAUUUAGUGCUCCCGCCCUUUUUCGGCUGCGUCGUUGAUCUAUCGAAAUCCUUUGCUCGGUCGGUAAAACAUUCCAAAGGAACUCCUUCAGAGAUAGAAAUCAAUUCGAUCAUACAUUAUAACUGCCAACACGUUGAUAUUAUAUUAUAAUUAUGAAGAAUUCUCUUCUAUGAGGUAACAUCGAAUUUAAAGAACGCGUUGAGGACCACAAGUUUCGGAGCUAAAACAUGAAAAAUUUUUCCUCGAAAAAUCAAUAUUUGUAGUUCACUUUACCCGUGUUUCGUAGUUAUUGACCCCUGAUUUUUCGAUCGUCCAAACUCGUAACAUUAUAUAGAAAUUGAAGUUUAAACAUUUAUUACAAAUAUAAACGAUCGAUCGAGUUAAUAUAAGUUUUGAAAAAAAAAAAAGAAAGCGUGUUAAUGAAUAUUGGGAGUUGAAUAGUAAAUUUUUUAAACGACUUGUUUCCAAUUGGAUAAGUAGAACAACCGUUAUCGUUUGCGACGUGUUUCUGUUGUCAUUUAUACUGUUGUUGUUAGGGUGAUUGUUGUCUUAUUAGCCAAAGAACGUAGUACUCUAUGUAGAAGCGAACACUUCGAUCGAUCGAUCGCUCUCUUUGACUCAUUAGAUAGAUCGUAGAAUUACAAGUGUUGAAAACUACAAUCCACUUUAGUGUCCAAUGUAUUUCUUUUUUUUUUCUCUCGUAUACGACGGUAUACGCGUACGUCGAAAUUAAAUAGACAACGUUAACUCGGAUAACGAGUUUCUCUUAAAACUUAUUCUAUAAUGUAUACGUAAUUAAAUGAAGAAAACAAAAUAAGUUUAAUUUAAUUAGAUCGGAAGUGAAAUAUGUAAAAGAAGACAUUGAUUGUAUUUUACUUUUAAUCUAUUCUUGAUUGCAAAUCUAUUUACAAAGAUGAGAUCAUUGAUAAUUGAUUAUCAAACAUGUGAAAACAUUGCGUUCAGGGUAAUCGUAACUUAAUAUUACCUUAUUCCUAGAAAUCCCACUUCAAGAUCGUUUUAAUAAUUCGACGGAUAUCUUUUUCGAUAGCUAUUUUUGCUGGGUUCCUUUUAUAAAUUACCAUCGGAAAAGUUAUUACGUAUUUUGUAUAUAUUUUUUUAUAUUAUAUUUAUGAUUUACGAUUAACAGUCUUUAUAAAUUUAUGAAACAAAUUUUAAGGAUAAUUACCUGAAUAUUUGUUAAGUUUAAUGCACAAAUUAUGGAGCUUCAUGAUAAAUACAGCAUCGAAUAUAAAAAUGUUGAAUGAAUCGGUAUUUGUAUCUCAUUCAGUUUUGAAAUUCAUCAUUUACCAUAGAAGUUCCUAAUAUUUUUGCAUUAAUCGACAAAUUAAAUGAUUUGGAUGGUGUUUUAAUUUUUAUAAGCAACAAACGUUAUUAAUCAAAUUUGUUAACCAAAAAUAAAAAAACGGCCAUACACUAAAUAAACGGAAGCAAAUUUGAAAAAAAA